UAUUUCCUGGAUGAUAUAAUUUUUUUAGGAAAAGAUUAAAGGAUGAAGUCAGUAAUAAUCAUUGCAGUCUUGGUUGUGAUAUUGAUUUUAAUGCCUCCUUGUUGCGGACUACGAAACAAGAGAUCACCAAUUGCAACCACGACGCUGAGAACAACCCAGCUUUAUAACCAUCAGACGUCACCUUACAGCACCUUGACAUCAAACAUGUCUAGAGUUCCAACUACAGAUGCGUCUCAUUUUACAACUAAGGAUCUUUUUCCACAAAAUUCGCAGAUCGUUGAUGCUAUAAUUCAAAAAUUAGGAGAGGAAAUUUUGAAUCAGUAUACAUCCCCAUUUGUGCGCUGUGCCAUGGACCGUGUUAUUAAAGGAUACAGAAGUGUCUUCGAGAAUGGGUGCAACACUGAAGAACUGCAGAAAAUCAGAGAGCAAAUAGAAAACCAUUGUGAUGAUGAGGCAUGGUACUAUUCGCUAACCUUAGAAAGAGCCAAGAAAACUGGAAUACAAGUUUGUAUGGAUUGGAUGGUCAAAGCUGAUUUAUGUUCAGAAAUUGAUGUAUCUGACCAGCUGUUCUGUGAUGAUUUCUACGUUUUAACACUAAAUUGUUCAAUGACCCAAAAUAGCACAGAGACCACCUCAUCAAUUCCUGCCUCAUUCAACAGAGGAACCACCGAAAACAAUGAAGCAGUCUCCGUGGCUGGAUUGGCUGGGGUAGCUCUCGGCUGUUUUAUCUUUGGAAUACUGAUAACUCUGCUUGUGAUGUUGAUAUUGUACAAACACCGUCAACUAAUUAGAAAACGAGAUCAAGCAUCCAUAAGUAGCACAAAUUUCCCAAAUUUGAGACGACCACUUCCUAUUCCUAGAAAUAAAAGCGAUAUCUACGAUAAAAUUGAGGAAGCUAACGAGAUCCAACAGGCAAAAUUAAUGAGUGUUCUAAGUGCACAGGAAGAUAACUAUGACCACCUUAACGCUCGAAAAUCUGUGAAAGAAAGUGUACAAGUUCGUUAUACGACAUCCGUGAAAAGGGAAAGCACUCCUAACGGAUUUUACACUUUUGAUCCACGAAAGUCGGUGGACGGAAGUGCAACACAAGAAAUCACAAAGUACGGUAAACUCAGCCCCAGAGAUGCAAUCGAUUCCCAAGGUACCGACAGCAUGGGGUAUUUAUCCUCCAGCAAGUUGUCGCAGAUUCGAGCCAUGGAAGGCACCAUUAAAGACAGUAAUGAUAACCUUACAGGGAUUGCCAAAAUAGAUGAAGAAAGGGGAUCAAUUUGUAGCGAAAAGGAAAACGUUAGAGCAAACGGGGACCUCAGAGAUGACAUGGAGGAACCUGACUACAGAGAUUCAGAGGAAUGGUUCACCAGAGAAGUGGGGAAUAAAGAAAAGCAAAUUGACAAUGAGGAUGAAAUGCAGAAAGACACAACCACUAAAACAAAGGAAGCAAGUGAUGAUAUGGAGGAACCUACAUAUAGACGUUCUGGAGACUGGUUCCAAGAUGAAAUGAAAUCUGAAGAAGAAGAAACCAAAAUGAGUGAUAAUGAAUCCACAAGCAGGGAUUCAAAUGAAAGGGUUACAGAGGAAGUGGAAAAUGGAAAUGCAGAAAAGAAAGAGUCGCCGGAUAUGGAAACACAAGACAUGGAGGCAGGAGACUAUUAUAUCCUGGAGACGACUGAGAGUCGCGCAUGAUAAUUAUUGUUUGGCCAGAUUUUUAAGAUUCUCAGUCUUCCACAUUCAUUUUACUUUCUUUUAAAACGAAUACAAUUACGUUGAUCAAUUUUUGAUGUGAAUUUAAUUUUGUCAGAUUGUAUACGCCCCUCUUUUGAUAUUAUAUUUCAUCAAAGUAUAUAGCAACACUGAAUCGCAAGAAGAUCUACUUGUUUGUAUGAGAUGUUUUUAAAAAAAGCGAUAUUGUAUAGGUUAAUUCUACUUUAAUCCACUCAUUACUUUCAAAUAAAAGUACAAUAAACAACAACACACUAUUUGGACAAAGCAAGGACACGAAGCAGCUUUAUUGUACGUUGUACAUAAAACUUGUAAGAUAUGAAAAUUCAUAAUUAUAUACAUGUAUAUCGUAUGUUGGAUUGAAUAAAUAUAGAUAAAAUUUAAA